AUGUUUUCGUCUUCGAGCUCGAGCAAGAAAGCAUCUCCCCAGCCGCAGGAGAUGGUCCAAGUUGUUGCUGAUCCCAUGUCCGUCAUGGCUUCAGACAGGUCCGACUCUGGCUCCCCUUUUUGGAGGGCGCCCCAGAAGGAUGCCCCGCUAAAGAAGACGACCACUCGCGACUCGGGCAAGGUAGUUGGCGCUGCCUACUCCCAUGCCGACAUGCUCAAGUUCGAUUCAUUAAAUCUGUCUAGCUCCGGAUCGCGACCACGAACCCCUCCUCCCUCGUCCUCUGCCCUCGGCCGAACUACCUCCAACAGUACAGCCUCGCCCCAUAUGAAAGGGGUAACAUCACCCCCGUUUAAGAACUACAUGAACUUCAUAACGAGCACCAACGAAGACUGGGCAGCAGAUGACGCAGACGACGUAUACGCCUACGAAGACGAUGGCGACGAUGACUUUGGGCUUCCUAGUCUGUCCAGCAUGAAGAGGAAAUCGCGCCGGGCAGCAGCGCAAACGGAACAAGGGACCAGCAGAGGAAAGACAACAGACUCGUUUACGGAUUCCACGGGACGCCGAUAUUCAGACAGCGCCGACAUUGCCAUCGAGCGGCCAGCUUCUACCUACCCCAUGCCCAAGAAGACCGAAGGCAAGAUCCUCCGACCACAAUACAGAGACAUACUCCGCGAUCCCGCAAACGCCCUACACCUAAUCAACCACCCCUCAGUACCACCUAAUGCUUCCCAAAAGGAAAUUGACGCCGUCAACUCGAGGAUAACCAGGAUAAACAAGUUCAAGAAGAUUCUCCAAGCGUCAACAAUUCCUCUAAACGACCUCCGAGCCCUAGCAUGGUCCGGCGUACCAGAAGAAGUCCGGGCCAUGACCUGGCAGCUCCUGCUGAGCUACCUCCCCACUAGCAGUGAAAGGAGGGUAGCCACGCUCGAGCGCAAACGAAAAGAAUACCUGGACGGUGUACGACAAGCAUUUGAACGAGCGGGUGGCGCUCCACCACCGUCCACCGGAAAGGGAGGCGGAGGCAACCGCGGCCUAGACGAAGCCAUCUGGCAUCAGAUCAGCAUCGACGUACCCCGAACGAACCCACACAUCGAGCUUUACGGCUACGAAGCAACACAACGCUCGCUGGAGCGCAUUCUCUACGUAUGGGCGGUCCGACACCCAGCAAGCGGCUACGUACAGGGCAUCAACGAUCUGGUGACACCGUUCUGGCAGGUGUUCCUUGGCACAUAUAUCACAGACCCAGAUAUAGAGAGCGGCAUGGACCCGGGCCAGCUUCCUAGGGUGGUGUUGGACGCCGUCGAGGCCGACACGUUCUGGUGCCUGACUAAGCUGCUGGACGGCAUACAGGACCAUUACAUUGUUGCGCAACCGGGCAUUCAGAGGCAGGUGGCGGCGCUGAGGGACUUGACACAGAGAAUCGACGCUGGGUUGGCGAAGCACUUGGAGGAGGAAAACGUCGAGUUCAUCCAGUUCAGCUUCAGGUGGAUGAACUGUCUGUUGAUGAGGGAGAUUAGUGUCAAAAACACGAUUAGGAUGUGGGAUACGUACAUGGCCGAAGAACAAGGCUUCUCAGAAUUCCACCUCUACGUCUGCGCCGCCUUUCUCGUCAAAUGGUCCGACAAGCUCGUCAAGAUGGACUUCCAAGAGAUCAUGAUGUUUCUCCAGUCCUUGCCGACGCGCGAGUGGACCGAGAAGGACAUUGAGCUCUUGCUCAGCGAGGCCUACAUCUGGCAGAGCUUGUUCAAGGGGUCUUCGGCGCAUCUGAAAGGACAGCCGAGUAGUAGGACGAAUUCGUUGAACUUUCAGCUUUGA